AUGAGUCUGGUGUCGCGGAUGUCAGACUUUUUCGCGACCUCAGACUCAUCGACCCUCGCCGCGGCGUCGUCGUCGUCUUCUGGGGGAUCCACGUUGGGUGAUGGCGGUAUGGGUUUGGGGGGUUUGAAAGCGGAUAGCAUAUUGAGGAGAGAGGAGAGGAUACAUACUCAGCAUGAAGAAAAGGACGUUCGGCCGCCGUAUCUACAUUGUAUGAUUGCAGGUGGUAUUGGUGGCACGAGUGGUGAUAUGCUGAUGCAUUCCCUGGAUACGGUUAAAACGAGGCAACAAGGCGAUCCGCAUAUCCCGCCCAAAUACUCGUCCAUGUCCUCAUCAUACGCAACUAUAUUUCGACAAGAAGGAAUCCGAAGAGGCCUAUAUGGUGGUGUCACACCGGCUCUUUGUGGAUCAUUUCCAGGGACAGUCAUAUUUUUCGGCACAUACGAGUAUAGAUUUAUUGCCGAUUUUGCUGCAUCGUUCGUCUAUGUGCCAUCCGAAGUAUUAAAAACAAGGCUGCAGCUCCAAGGGAGAUAUAACAAUCCAUUCUUCAAGUCUGGCUACAACUAUAGAUCUACCGCCGAUGCAUUUCGGACCAUCGUUCGACAAGAAGGCUUCUUUGCACUCUACUCCGGCUUCAAGGCCACCCUUUUCCGUGACAUGCCAUUCUCCGCUUUACAAUUUGCAUUUUAUGAACAAGAGCAGCAACUGGCCAAACGCUGGGUUGGACAAAGAGAUAUUGGUUUCUCCCUGGAAGUACUAACUGCCGCAACGGCUGGUGGUAUGGCGGGUGUCAUCACCUGUCCCCUUGAUGUCGUCAAAACCCGAAUACAGACGCAGCAAAAUCCAGACGCCUUGCCUUCAGCCCGGCCAGCCAUAUCAAGCACAGCCGGCGACGCGCAUAAAUCGGCCCGCUUGCAGGCCGCGGCCACGGCCACGGCCUCAACCUCGACCUCAACCUCGACCACACCACCCUCGUCACAAACACGAUUCAUCUCUACUUCAUCUCCGUCGACAUCAACUGUCAAACCCGGUGCAGCAAUCCUGCACACCUCAUCGAUAUUAACGGGGCUAAAACUGAUAUAUAAGACAGAAGGCGUUGCUGGUUGGUUCAGGGGAGUCGGGCCACGAUUCCUCUGGACCAGCAUACAGAGCGGAACCAUGCUGGUCCUCUACCAGUACUUCCUCAAGCAACUGGAAUCAUAUCAAGAGCUGAGCGAGCUCCGAAGCGCGUUGAUAUGA